AUGUUGCAAGAGAUGUGGAAUGGUCCGCCCGGAUUUCGACCCACAAAGUCGGCGCCUUCUUCCCCCGCCAAGCCUCUCGGCCUCUCCAGAACUCGUUCCGAGUCUUUCCACAUCACCCACAAAGUCCCAGUAGGGGAUACUCCCUAUGUUAGGGCCAAAAAUGUCCAGUUGGUAGAUAAGGAUCCUGAAAGGGCAAUUCCACUGUUCUGGGCGGCUAUUAACGCCGGGGAUAGAGUGGAUAGUGCUCUGAAAGACAUGGCCAUUGUCAUGAAACAGCAGAAUCGAGCUGAAGAAGCGAUAGAAGCCAUCAAAUCAUUGAGAAAUCGGUGUUCAGAUCAAGCCCAGGAGUCCCUUGAUAACAUCCUCCUGGACCUUUACAAGAGAUGUGGAAGACUGGAUGACCAAGUUGCACUUCUAAAGCACAAACUGUUCUUGAUUCAACAAGGAAUGGCUUUCAAUGGCAAGCGCACCAAGACGGCGCGAUCCCAGGGGAAGAAAUUUCAGGUCUCUGUGGAGCAAGAAGCAACGCGGUUGCUGGGGAACUUGGGAUGGGCUCUGAUGCAGCAGAACAACUAUAUAGAAGCAGAGGAAGCUUAUCGAAGGGCGCUGUUGAUUGCACCGGACAAUAACAAGAUGUGUAAUUUAGGUAUUUGCUUGAUGAAGCAGGGAGAAUCCGCGAGGCCAAGGACACCUCCGACAGGUGAAGCCGCAGCGGUGGUGGAUGGUCCAAGAGGCACCGACUCUCACCACAAGGCCUACGAGAGGGCGCAGCAAAUGCUCCGGGACUUGGAGUCCGAAAUGAUGAACAUGGGCGGGGGCGAUCGGGUCGAACAGAGCAGGCUUUUUGACGCCCUUUUGGGCUCUUCCUCCAUUUGGCAACCUCAGCCUUGCAGGGAACAACAACAACUCACAGUAUCAAAUGCAAAUUCAUUCAAGACAAAUUCAUUCAAGCUCCAGGAUGAAUUUGGGGACGAGAACGUCAAUUCAAAUAUAAUUCCUGCAAAGCCGGUGGUUUUUCCCGGGCAAAGAAGUGUCAAACAAGUGGCUAUUCUAGGGAAUAACGCGCUGAACAUCGAUGCCCGACCAUUUUACUCUUCAAAAUUCAACCAAUUUCACGAGACCCUGAAGAGAACUCGGUCUGGCAAUGAGAGGAACUUUAUUCGAGUUAAAGAAACUGGGGAGCUGAGGAAACCAAUUGCGGAGGAGCUGGAGCCUGAGCCAGAGAAGAAAGCAAGAAGGCGAUCAGGUUCUCCGGAGGGGAAGGGAGAGUGGUGGGCGGAGGUGCUGCCGGACAGCGAAGAGUUUGAAGAGGCUAUUAUUGCAGCAGUUCUGGGUUCAAGUGAUGUAAGUGGGAAUGGAAAGGUGCUGGAGAUGAGAAAGACGGACGAAAAGAGGCUCAAGGUUUUUCAAGAUAUAACAGUUGCAUUGAGUCCAAAGGCCUGA